AUGUACAAUCUGGCUUCAAUGGGUAGUUGGAGACUAAAUUCAUGCCAAGAAGGGAAGAUCAAGGAUGGAGAGACCAUAGUGUCAUCAAAUGGAACCUUUGAACUGGGGUUCUUCAGUCCUGGCAAUUCCAAGAAGCGGUAUGUGGGAAUGUGGUACAAGGAAAUGUCUACUACCGUGGUAUGGGUUGCCAACAGAGAAACGCCACUUGCAGAUACAUCUGGUGUCUUAAAGGUCAUUGAUCCAGGAAUUCUAGUCCUUGUCAAUGGUUCAAGUAGCAUCAUAUGGUCCACAAAUGCAUCAAUCUCUGCACAGAAUCCAGUCGCUCAGCUUCUGGAAUCAGGAAACCUGGUUGUGAAAGAUGUUAAUGGUAGCAAUUCAGAGCAGAUCCUAUGGCAGAGUUUUGACUAUCCGGGUGAUACCCUUUUGGCGGGGAUGAAGCUUCGGAAGAACUGGGUGACAGGCAAACAGUGGUAUCUCUCAUCCUGGAGGAGCACAGAUGAUCCAGCACCAGGUGAUUAUACUUAUAGCCUGGAUAUCAAUGGCUACCCACAAAUUUUUUUGUACGAGGGUUCCACCAAGGUGUUCUGUUCGGAGCCUUGGAAUGGAGUCCGGUUCAGUGGACCACACUUAAGACCAAAUUCAAUUUAUAAGUAUGGGGUGGUAUUUGAAAAGGAUGAGAUCUAUUACAGAUAUGAUCUCCUUGACAGCUCUGUUGUUUCAAGGUUUAUCUUGGCUCCUAAUGGCAUUGGACAGCGCUGGACAUGGGUUAAUAAAACCAUUGGUUGGGUUCUUUAUCUGACAGUGACAACAGAUAACUGCGACGAUUAUGGACUAUGUGGUUCAUAUGGUACCUGUAAUGUUAACAAAUCCCCUGUUUGUGGCUGUUUGAGUAAAUUUGUUUCGAAAAACCCCAGAGAUUGUGUUGAAGUCAGAUUUUUCUAGAUACUCCUAAGUUAGAUUAGAAUAUUUGUAAUGAUAUUUGGCUAUAGAGGGUUAGUAAAAGGAAUGGAUCUCCUUGUUUUAUAGAAAUUUUUUUGUAAGGGUUGUUAAAUGGAAAGUUGUAAUAGGUAUGGCCCCUCCUUAAAUCAUGGGAUUAUGUCUUUUGCGUAUAUAUAUCAGCAAGUAUCAAUGAGUCAUUAUUAAGUU